AGUGCUGAGGAACAAACACAAAUACACAGCUCACUGUUCACGCAUUCACAAUAAAAAACAGAAAACAGAAAGCGUGUAGGUUUCCAUGGAAACAUUUCUGAUUAAACUAGACAUCGACCACAUCGAAACUGGUUUAAUUUGUCUGAUUCUACACUAACAGAAGAACGUGAGUCAUAUGCGAGUCGGCUCUUAACGUAAAAGAAUCGGUUCAAGGGGUCGACUCUUGGGAAUCGACACAUAACAAACUGACAGCGCAGGCGGAGAACCGGAGACACAGAGCACAACGAUGGACGUUUUCGUCAUUAAACUGGACAUUUUUGAGAUUUAAUAACAGAAAUAUAAGUGCGGAUAUUUCCGAGGGACCUCCAGGAAUUUUUUCCAUACAUUCAGAGGAGAAAUUUGUGGACAUAUUCCGUGAAAAACGCCGACUUUUCCAUGUUUGUUCGCAGCGCUUUGCACUAACGCUAGCAAUAUUAGCUUAAGCUAAGCUAGUUUAUGCUAACCCUUAUAACACCUUAAACCUGACAGGCAGUGAAUGAGCAAAUGUAGCUAACUAUUCGCGCUGUCUUUCUUCAAAUAAUGCUUUUUUUAUUUUAAAAAAUAAUCAUAAAAAUUCGCAAGUUCGUCACUGAGUCAUCGACUGGACAGAGGUACGCUGUAAAUGUCUCGCGCAUUUAUUAAUUUUGACAGCUAGUUAGCAAACUAAUGCGACAUUAGCAUCGCUAUAGUACGCCAAUUAACUGAAUAAAUAUAUAUAUAUUUUAAAUAAAAAAAAAACUAAAUUCUUGUCGUUGCUGUAUAAGACAAGACAGCGAAUUCUGGUUUGUUAUAUUUCAUUAAUAUCCGUGUAAAAAUCUUCUAAACGAGCUAUGUUCUUUGUGAAAUGCGUUUGCUAGCUAGCUAGCUAGCUAACAAUGCUUAGCGAGUUAUGCUAGCUCAUUAACAAACAAACAAAUAAAUAAACAAGCUGUUUAAUUUCUAAGCGAUUAAACUUUUAAUCGAACUUCAUAAUUUUGGAUGCGUGUGUUGGUGGAUAAAGAUAAAUAGUAAUAUUAAUAAUAACAUAGAGGCUGUUUUGCUAGUAUGUGUGCAGGCUAGUUAAUGCUAAUCAACCCCGCUAGCAUACAGGAGGUUGUAACGUUACAAAUUAAACUUGCAGUUUUUUUUUUUAUAUAUAUUUAGUUAAGGAAAGUGGUUUAAACUGCAGAUAUCAUUACGAGAAGAGGUAUUUAUACGCGUUGUGCUUUGUUGUUUGUGUCUCUUUAAGUAAAUAAGUAAAUAAAAGACAGAAAGACAGGAAUAAAGUGAGAGUGAAGCUAAUGUAAGCUAGCUGAAGGGGCUAGCUUGGCCGCUGUAGGUCCUGGAUGAAUGUAGUGGGUUUUGCGUGUCGCGCCGCUCGCGGAGGUUUUCUGGAGCUUGCGGCUCUGAUGUGAGCAGAAUGGGGUCUCAGGGAAGCCCGGUGAAGAGCUACGACUACCUGCUGAAGUUCCUGCUGGUGGGAGACAGUGAUGUGGGGAAGGGAGAGAUCCUGGACAGCCUGCAGGACGGAUCUGCGGAGAGUCCAUACGCCUACAGCAGCGGAAUCGACUACAAGACGACGACAAUCCUGCUGGACGGACGGAGGGUGAAGCUGGAGCUGUGGGACACUUCGGGCCAAGGCCGCUUCUGUACCAUUUUCCGUUCCUACUCCAGAGGUGCACAGGGCAUCCUGUUGGUGUAUGACAUCACUAACCGCUGGUCCUUUGACGGGAUCGACCGCUGGAUUCGAGAGAUCGAUGAGCAUGCUCCUGGGGUUCCUCGGAUCCUGGUCGGGAACCGGCUUCACUUGGCGUUCAAACGUCAGGUUCCCACAGAGCAGGCUCGGUCCUACGCCGAGAAGAACGCCAUGACCUUCUUCGAAGUGAGUCCGCUCUGCAACUUCAACGUCAUCGAGUCGUUCACGGAGCUGUCGCGCAUCGUGCUCAUGAGACACGGCAUGGAGAAGUUCUGGAGGCCCAACCGAGUGUUCAGCCUGCAGGACCUGUGCUGUCGCGCCAUCGUCUCGUGCACGCCGGUGCACCUGAUCGACAAGCUGCCGCUCCCCGUCGCCAUCAAGAGCCACCUGAAGUCCUUCUCCAUGGCCAACGGGAUGAACGCCGUCAUGAUGCACGGACGCUCCUACUCGCUCGCCAACAGCGGCGGCAGCAAAGGCAACAGCUUGAAACGCUCCAAAUCCAUCCGGCCGCCGCAGAGCCCGCCUCAGAACUGCACGCGCAACAACUGCAAGAUCUCCUAGCCUGGAACGGGCGGGGGGGCGGGGGGAUGGAUACAAACUCCGCCCCUAAACGCUCCCUUGGAACUCUCAGGAGGAUACGGAUCACAUCCGCUGCAGUCAGUCACACUUACUACAACACACACACCUACACACACACACACACCUCGCUAAACACGUCCCGCGUCUGUCUGGUGGAGAACCUGCGCAGAGCGAUCGGACGACCCCGAGAUGAUCAGGUUCUUCACUCGGCGCGUCAACAGCAUGUUUUUCGGUUCCUCAGAGUUCGCCAGGGAUUUCGCUUCUCUCGGACGAUGGACGGCUUUUAAUAAACACGGCCACGUCUCGCAUGCUACGCAACGCCACGCCACACGACACGACACGACGGUCUAGGAGUGCUAGCAUAACUGCGAGGUGGCGGUUUCGCUACACGCCACGACGAACGCCGAUAGUGUGACUGCAUUUCGUUUGAUUUUCUUCUUCUGCCGUCAGUCGCUUCUGGAAAAACCACGUGUCACGUCAAGGGCCUCCUCAGGGGACUGUUUUCGCUUUGACUUCAUUCGAGAUCUUCUGCAAUUUCACCUUCCUUUUUUUCCUUUUCUUUUUUUUUUUUUUUUUUUUUUAAACACACAAAAUAUUGUCUCACAUUGAAUCGUUGUCUUUUUGGAAAACUUCCCUGUCUACGUUUUUUUCUUUCCCCCCUAAACAGCCCUUGUGCCAAACCAUCUCUAAUCUAAUCUGACGUUUUCGGUUUAGUUUAAAGGAAUCCUCCGGUGCUUUUGAGUCUAAUCUCUCCACUCUAUGUAUCGUUCUACAGAGUGUGUGUGUGUGUGUGUGUGAUUACCGUGGAUAACAAGUUUCAACACGAUUCCCUGUACUAAAUAACUCUCUUACAGUGGAAGUCUAAGGACAGUUCUGAACUCCUGUUGAACAAACAUUUGCAGUACGCGUCUAUAAAACACGAAACUCUUCCUCUUGCUCUUCUACAUCAGCUGGAACAAUACAGUAAAAAGCAGUUCCGGUUACGUGACGCUUUAGUCGAUUCCACACGCCAUCAGAGCGACGCAGCUAUUCGCAAAUUCGUCCUUCUGAAAAACAAGGAACAGUUCUACAGAGUUAAAGCUUCACUUUCAGACAUGUUUUGCUAGACGACUUCUAAAUUAAUUAAACAGAUUUUAUGGUUUUUUUUCUCUUCAGAGCAGGGAAUCUUGUUGAUUCUUGUCUGUAAUAAUCUCUCACUCACACACACACACACACACACACACACACGUGGUAGAAAAAGCGCUGGAGUAUUUCCUUAAAUGCACCGGAUCAGUUUGACGCAUUUUUUUUUUUAUCUUCGUGCCCUCGUCAGUCCCGUUAUUUCAGUGUUUCUGAAGCAGUGUUACUCUUAAAAUCAGUUUUCUUCACAAAGCAUGGUUUCCACUCGGAUUCGGAAGAACGCUCGAUUGAUUUAAAACACCUCGGAGCGCAGAACUUAUAAAUAUUAAAGCACAAACGCUAUAUCAAUACGGCCGUUUUUUUUUUAAAAGAGCAAUCAGACCCGGAUCGCCAGGACGACCGCGCUCCUAAUUAUUUUGAUGAAUUAUUUACGAACCCGGUGAAAGGAGCAGCGACUUCUGUUUUAAUCCUGAUGAAUAAUGAAUUCCCCUUUUUCGCAGACCAUCAAGUCACAGCCUCGAAAACACCGCAUGGAGUCUUCGGGUUCUCUCUCUAUAUCUAUCUCAGGGAUUUUGCUUAAAGAAGAAGAAGAAAAAAAAAAUCCAGUUUGAUAAAAGUGCCACGUCAUAAAUAAAACGUCCGCUUCACCUUUAAGCUAUUACGCACCUUCUGUGCUGGCGUUCGGAGAGAAACGAAUCGAAGCGAAGCGAAGCGGGACGCCUGCACGUGAUCCGUCCGCUUUAAACGAAAAGUUAGAUAGAAUCCGGUGUGAGAACGUGUGUUUGGAGACGUGACCGCUGUUUUCGUUCAGUAAAAAGUUAAACUCCGUCUACAGUCACGUUUUAGUCUGUAACGUUCAUUCCGGAGGGCCGUGACGUAGUUAGGGAAAAAAAUCCUAGCGUUUUGUAUCGUCUUUGUUUUGUUCUGUUACGACGCAUCUAGUUUUUAAUCUUCGUCUUUUCUGAACCUCUUUUACAUGGUUGCUUUUAAAAAAAAUCGCUUUUCCAGACGCAGAUUAAAACCUGUUAAUGAAUAAAUCAAAUCAAGGACAGAUACGUUUUGGUUUAUUUUAAUCUCCAGGUUUAAUGCGCGUGUGGAAAACGUCUCCUGCUGUCCUGCGGGUUUUGAUGAAUAAAAUAAAAGGGAAGAACAAUGUGAAUGCAAUGAGCACACGGUUGUAAACACUAUUUUUUUUUUUUUUUUUUUUUCCUCCUUGGGUGUAAGCUAAAAGCUGCUGAGUAAUUUAAGGAAUCAUCAAAAUGUUCUUGGAACGAUGAACCGAACCGUUUUUAAAUUAUUGUCUGUACAGUUCUUUAGUGUAUGAAAAAAAAAAAAAUACGACGACUUUUUCACAAUAAAAAUCAACAGUAUCA